GAACAGAUCUUGGCCAUGGAGAAAUCAAUUCUCAACAGGCUUGAAUGGAGUCUCAUUGUUCCUACUCUGUAUGUGUUCCUUGUUCGCUUCAUAAAAGCUGCGACGUGCGAUAAAGAGAUGGAGCAUAUGGUCUACUUCUUUGCUGAGUUGGGUCUGAUACAGUACUCUAUGAUCAUGUAUUCUCCUUCAAUGGUUGUGGCUUCAGCAGUCUAUGUAGCUCGAUGCACAUUAAAGAAGAGUCCUCUUUUGACCGAAUCCCUCAAGCACUAUACUGGCUUCUUUGAGCCCCAAUUGCUGGAUUGCUCUCAAAUUUUGCUUAAGUCUCACUCAGCUACACCUGAGAGUAAAUUGAGAGCCAUUGUGCAGGGAUUGCUCUCAAAUUUUGCUUAA